AGCACUUUUGUUGCAUCGCAGGACAUAGCGUUGCAUUGCGUUGACGGUUUACAGUCGACGGUACCAUUUCAAAGCAAUCACUACUAAAGCAAGCACAACGAUGGUCUCCACCGCCAAGGGAUUGAUUUCCGUCUUUUGGGUAGCCGCGGGGCUCCUAUCGAUCCUCGCCCCCCUCGCGUACCGCAGCCUGAAAGUCAGAGACUUUCGGGCCAUGCAGGCGAGGUACAACUGGCAGGAACAGGCGCGCGAAUACGAGGAAGAGCAGGAGCAAAACAACCAAGAAGCCGGCGAGAACAACAACUACUCCUACCAAAACCAAUGGGAGCAGAUGCGCGAGAGCGGCCUGUACGAUUUGAACGACUGCAAGUGGUACCAGCUGAACUGCUACUCGUACUACUAUUCGAACGGGGAGGACGGAGAACCCGAGCCAAGGGCGGGCUGGUACCCCAACUGGUACAGCGGGUGGUCCCUCACCGAGGAGGAGCGGGAGCAGCGCAUGGAGGAGGGGAGGACCCCCGGAUCCCUGGUCUUUGUCUACCUCUGGCAGAUGCUGGUCUUUUCGGGCAUCCUUGGCUACGGGGUCGUCGUCCUGAACCAGAAACGGCCCCUUUCGGGCCUGGUGGUCGCCCUCGGCGUCUUUGCCAACAUGUCCUUCCUGAGCAUGUGGUGGCUCGCCGACGGAAGCAUCGCCACCGAGUCGGACUACGUCCAGAAGGUCGGGUUCUACGGGCAGUUCUCCGUCCUGAUGUUCAUGACCAACGCCUGGUACGUGUUGUUUGGGGUCGUCUUUUUGGCGGUGUUUGCCUGCGUCGCCCGCCGGGACACGCUCCGGGAGGAGAAAAAGGCCGCCGGGGAGCAGGAGGAAGGAGCCGAGGAAGCAAGCCGCUACCAAGCCCCCGCUGCCGUCGAAGAACCCGGUUGGACCACCAUCAACUAACCAGCCCUUCCACCAACCAACCGAACGAACGAACGAACGAACGAACGAACUAACGUUCCGAAGCCUACGAAACGAUACAAAAUCGAACCGGACCUUCCAUUAGUUGGGAUUUGAUUUGAUUU